AUGGGCCCAGGAACCCUCAAUGACUCAGGAACGCCGGAGUUCCUGCUGCUGGGACUGUGGGCCCCACCUUCCCUGCGUCCCUUGCUCUGGGCCUCACUUCUCCUGGCCUACCUCGCCACGGUGUUGGGUAAUGGUGCCCUGGUGGGACUGAUAGCUCUGGACAGACGACUACACCGGCCCAUGUACCGCCUGCUGACCCACCUGGCCCUGCUGGACACGGCCUAUGUGAGCACCACGCUGCCGCAGGCACUGGCACACAUGGCCAUGCACCAUGCCCGCCUCUCCCUGGCACGCUGUGGGGCACAGCUGUAUGUGGGCAUCUCCCUGGGCAGCUGCGAGGCCAUCCUCUUGGCUGCCAUGGCCCUGGACCGGUGUCUGGCCGUGUGCAGACCCCUGCAUUACGCGACCCUGGUGACCACGCCCCGCUGCGCAGCGCUGGCUGGAGCAUCCUGGACGCUGGGCUUCGUCCUGUCUGUGCCCAAUGCGGUGGCGGCGCUGCGCCUGCCCUUCUGUCCCGGGAGGCCUGCCGUGGACCACUUCUUCUGUGAGCUGCCUGCGGUGCUGAGGACAGCGUGUGCAGACACCACAGCCAACUACAGGCUGGUCUAUGGCCUGGGCGUGCCCAUUCUCCUGGUACCCUUGGCCUUCAUCCUGGCCUCCUACGCCUUGAUUCUGGCUGCAGUGCGCAAGUUGCCUUCUGCUGGGAGUCGCCGAAAGGCCCUGUCUACCUGUAGCUCACACCUGGCGGUGGUAGGACUGUUCUAUGGCACGGUGAGCGCCAUGUACCUGCGGCCCCGAGCCUCUAGUUCUCUCCCCUCCAGACAUCAUAAGCUGGUGGCGGUUUUCUACCUUGUGGUCACACCUGUUCUCAAUCCACUCAUCUACAGCCUUCGAAAUCGUGAGGUUCACAUGGCAGCCCAGUAUGCCCUGGCCCGGCUCCGGGGGAUGAGCACUGCGCUGCGCUGA